AUGAAAAAGGAUCAAAGGCAAUCAAUAGACGAUAGUAGCCGGAGUAAAAACCUGAGUAUUAAAGAUGAAGUGGAAAAGGAAUUGAACAAGAAGGGUACCUUCGAAUUGUAUAAGAAGAUAAAGACCCAGAAAAUUCCCUUCUUUCUACCGUUCAAAUGUUUGCCGCCAAGUCAUAGGAAGCUGUUAGGCGUAUCCUUCGUGUGCGCCACUAUAUCAGGGGGCUCCUUGCCCUUCUUCGUGUCAGUUUUUGGGGUCAUUAUGAAGAAUAUGAACUUAGGAGAAAAUGUAAAUGAUAUUAUAUUUUCCCUCGUGCUGAUUGGUAUUUUCCAGUUUGUUCUGUCCUUCAUUUCGAGCUUCUGCAUGGAUAUCGUAACGACCAAAAUUUUGAAGACGCUGAAGAUAGAAUUUUUGAAAAGUGUAUUUUAUCAGGAUGGUCAAUUUCAUGAUAAUAACCCCGGCUCAAAAUUGACAUCGGACUUGGACUUUUACUUAGAACAAGUGAAUGCAGGGAUAGGGACGAAGUUUAUUACCAUAUUUACGUACGCAAGUGCAUUCUUAGGUCUAUAUUUUUGGUCCCUUUUUAAGAACGCCAGACUGACUCUCUGCGUAACGUGUGUAUUCCCCCUGAUAUAUAUCUGCGGUGUUAUUUGCAAUAAGAAGGCGAAGGUUAAUAAGAAAACGUCUCUCCUGUAUAAUAACAACACCAUGUCCAUCAUCGAAGAAGCAUUAGUUGGCAUUCGAACAGUUGUGAGUUAUUGUGGUGAGAAUACUAUAUUGAAAAAAUUUAACCUUUCAGAGAAGCUGUACAGUAAGUACAUGUUGAAGGCAAAUUUAAUGGAGUCUUUACACAUUGGUAUGAUUAAUGGGCUCAUUUUAGCAUCUUACGCUUUUGGUUUUUGGUACGGAACGAGAAUUAUCAUUUCCGAUUUGAGCAACGACCAACCUAGCAAUGACUUCCAUGGAGGCUCAGUCAUCUCCAUCCUGUUGGGAGUACUCAUCAGUAUGUUUAUGCUGACCAUCGUUUUGCCAAACAUAACGGAAUAUAUGAAAUCGUUGGAAGCUACGAACAGUCUGUACGAAAUUAUUAAUAGAAAGCCUCUCGUUGAAAAUAACAAUGAUGGAAAGAAAUUAAAGGACAUUAAAAAAAUCCAAUUCAAGAAUGUACGUUUUCAUUAUGAUACUAGAAAGGAUGUAGAAAUUUACAAGGAUCUUAAUUUUACCCUGACGGAAGGAAAAACAUAUGCAUUUGUUGGAGAGUCAGGUUGCGGAAAGUCAACCAUCCUGAAGUUAAUAGAAAGAUUGUAUGACCCAACUGAGGGAGAUAUCAUUAUUAACGAUUCGCAUAAUUUGAAAGACAUAAACCUCAAAUGGUGGAGAUCCAAAAUAGGGGUUGUUAGCCAAGACCCACUUCUCUUUAGCAACUCGAUUAAGAACAACAUCAAGUAUAGUUUGUACAGUUUGAAAGAUUUGGAAUAUUUAUCUGACCAAUUGGAUGAAGAUGGUUUUGCUUCUCAAAAUGGUGCUAAGAAGCGAAACAGCUGCAAAGCCCAAUGCGCAGGGGAUCUAAACGACAUGAUGAAAACGACCGACUCGACUGAACUGUUACAAGUGAGCAAGAACUACGAUACGAUUGAAGAUUCCGAAGUUGUUAGUGUUUCGAAGAAAGUGCUAAUCCACGAUUUUGUGUCCGCUCUUCCAGAUAAGUAUGAAACGCUGGUCGGUUCUAAUGCAUCAAAAUUGUCAGGUGGACAGAAACAGAGAAUCUCCAUCGCUAGAGCUAUUAUUAGGAACCCCAAAAUUCUCAUCCUCGAUGAAGCCACAUCAUCCUUAGACAACAAAUCCGAAUACCUAGUACAGAAAACGAUAAAUAAUUUGAAAGGAAACGAAAACAGAAUUACCAUCAUUAUCGCCCAUAGGUUGAGUACCAUCAGAUAUGCCAACACCAUUUUUGUCCUCUCCAACAGAGAAGGCGGAAACAGUUCCACUGUAGAUGUAGAUAUAAUCGGCGAAGACCCAACAAAGGACAACAAAGAAAGCAAUAAGAAAAAUGCAAAAAAAGGUGACAAGAACCAAAACGACAAAAUGUCCAACGCAGGAAGUUACAUCAUCGAACAGGGCACACAUGACUCACUCAUGAAGAACAAAAACGGAAUUUACUACACCAUGAUUAAUAAUCAGAAGGUGUCCUCCAAAAGUUCUGGUAACAACGAUAAUGACAAGGACUCAGAUAUGAAGAGCAGCGUUUAUAAGGAUUCUGAACGAGGUUACGACCCAGACGAAAUGAACGGCAAUGGAAAAAAUGGAGAUGAAAGUGCAUCAGGCAAGAAGAGUAAUAAGAUGAAUGAUGCAAAUACGGGUAACAAAAAUGCCGGAGGAAGAUUUGCCUUUUUGAGAAACCUGUUUAAGAGAAAACCCAAAGCGCCAAACAACCUCCGCAUGGUGUACAGAGAAAUAUUUUCGUACAAAAAGGACGUCGUCAUUAUAGCGUUAAGUAUUAUCGUAGCCGGAGGGUUAUACCCAAUGUUUGCUCUUUUGUAUGCUAAGUAUGUGUCCACGCUGUUCGAUUUUGCAAACCUGGAGGCGAACUCGAAUAAGUACUCCCUCUACAUCUUAGGCAUCGCCAUUGCCAUGUUCAUUUCGGAGACGCUGAAAAAUUACUACAACAACGUGAUAGGAGAGAAGGUGGAGAAAACCAUGAAACAUCGACUGUUCGAGAAUAUUCUGUACCAAGAAAUUAGCUUCUUUGAUCAGGACAAACAUGCCCCAGGAUUGUUGUCAUCACACAUUAAUCGGGAUGUUCAUUUGUUGAAAACUGGUUUAGUAAAUAACAUAGUCAUUUUUACGCACUUUAUAGUUCUCUUCCUCGUUAGUAUGGUUAUGUCGUUUUAUUUCUGUCCAAUCGUGGCUGCUGUGCUGACCGGAACGUACUUCAUUUUUAUGAGAGUGUUUGCUAUUAGAGCAAGAUUGUCAGCCAACAAGGAUGUAGAGAAGAAGCGAGUCAACCAACCAGGCACCAUCUUCGUAUACAACAGUGAUGAUGAAAUAUUUAAGGAUCCCAGUUUCCUGAUCCAAGAGGCGUUUUACAAUAUGAACACGGUUAUUAUUUACGGGUUGGAGGAUUAUUUCUGUACGCUGAUUGAGAAGUCUAUUGAUUAUUCGAAUAAAGGACAAAAGAGAAAAACGCUAGUCAAUUCUAUGCUGUGGGGUUUUAGUCAAAGUGCCCAGCUCUUCAUUAACAGUUUUGCCUACUGGUUUGGUUCCUUCCUAAUUAGUAGAGGUACAAUAGAAGUGGACGAUUUUAUGAAAUCCCUGUUUACCUUUUUGUUCACCGGUAGUUACGCCGGAAAGUUGAUGUCCCUAAAGGGAGAUUCAGAAAAUGCAAAAUUGUCCUUCGAAAAAUACUACCCCUUAAUUAUGAGGAAGUCCAAUAUCGACGUUCGAGAUAAUGGAGGCAUUAGAAUUAAGAACAGUAAUGACAUAAAUGGAAAAAUAGAAAUCAUGGAUGUCAAUUUUAGAUACAUGUCCAGACCAAAUGUCCCCAUUUACAAAGACUUGACCUUCUCCUGUGAUAGCAAAAAAACGACAGCUAUUGUUGGCGAAACCGGUAGUGGAAAAUCUACGGUAAUGAGCCUACUGAUGAGAUUCUACGAUUUGAAAAAUGACCACCACAUUGUUUUUAAAAAUGAUCACACUGGUGAGAUGAUGAACGAGCAAAACGAACAAGGCGACGAGGAACAAAACGUGGGAAUGAAAAAUGUAAACGAAUUCAGUUCAUCGAAGGAGCAUUUAGAUGGACAAAACGGUGCCGUGUUUAAGAACAGUGGAAAGAUACUACUAGAUGGGGUAGACAUAUGCGAUUACAAUUUGAAGGACUUAAGAAAUUUAUUCUCCAUCGUCAGCCAAGAACCCAUACUCUUUAAUAUGUCCAUUUAUGAAAACAUCAAAUUCGGCAAAGAAGACGCUACUAGGGAGGAUGUAAAACGUGCUUGUAAAUUUGCUGCGAUUGAUGAAUUUAUUGAAUCUUUGCCAAACCAGUAUGAUACGAACGUGGGACCCUAUGGAAAAAGUUUAUCAGGUGGACAGAAACAGAGGAUUGCCAUUGCAAGGGCGUUAUUGAGAGAACCCAAAAUUCUUCUGUUAGACGAAGCAACCUCUUCUCUGGACUCCAAUUCAGAGAAGCUGAUUGAGAAGACCAUCGUUGAUAUUAAGGAUAAAGCGGACAGAACAAUUAUUACCAUUGCACACAGAAUUGCCUCUAUUAAGAGAUCCGAUAAAAUUGUCGUUUUUAACAACCCAGAUCGAACUGGCUCCUUUGUACAGGCCCAGGGAACGCAUGAGGAGCUCCUGUCUAUACAGGACGGCAUUUAUAAGAAGUACGUCAAGUUGGCUAAGUAA